CUGUCAAAAUUUGAUUAUUAAAGUGCAUAGUCAGCAGUUUGCGAGUUCAAAUAAAAUAAAUAAUUUUAUUAAGAUAUUGAAAUAUAACUUCCCAUACAACUUACCAUGGGUCGUCGCAAGUCAAAACGCAAAGGACCCUCAAGGAAAAAAAACAUUGUGCCGAUGCCCCUGCUUUUUGAUUGUCCUUUCUGCAAUCACAAGCAGGCAUGUGAAGUGAAAAUGGAUAAGGCGAAAAAACUGGGAAGAAUUGCCUGUAACGUGUGUCAGGAAAUGUUUCAAACAUCUGUGAACUAUCUCUCGGAGGCAAUUGAUGUUUUCAACGAUUGGAUAGAUGCCUGCGAGGAGCAUAAUUAACCAUUUACACCUUCUAAUACGCUUUAGAAGAUGUGUUUUAAUUUAAAAACAUGUAAAUAGAACUGGGAAUUAGGGUUCAACCUUCAGUACACGUUUACAUUAAAUAUACAUGGAAUUCUA